UUGUCGGGGGCCGGCUCACGGUACGAGACGCCGGAGCUGGCCGGGGUAUCGCAUUUCAUUGAGCACCUGCCAUUCAAGGGCAGCGAGAAAUGGCCUACGGCGGGUGCGGUGAGCGAGGCCAUCGAGGGCGUGGGCGGCAUUAUGAACGCCAGCACGGACCGCGAGGUGACCGUGUUCUGGUGCAAGGUGGCGCGGCCCCAUUUCCGCACCGCAUUCGCCGUGCUGCUGGAUAUGCUGAUGAACCCGCUGCUGGAACCGGAGGAGGUGGAAAAGGAACGGGAGGUCAUCCAGGAAGAACUGCGGAUGACCUACGACAACCCCUCCUACCGCGUAGACCUGCUGAUUGACGAAGCGCUGUGGCCCGACCAGGCCAUGGGCCGCGACGUGGGCGGCACUCCGGACACGGUGGCCGCCAUUGAUCAGGAGACCAUUCGCGAAUACAUGAUGCGGCAGUACAAUCCGGCCAACACCGUAGUGGCGGUGGCGGGCAACGUUACCCACGAAGAGGUUGUCGACCUGCUGGAAGACACCACCCACGACUGGAAGCCACAGGCCUCCAUGGAGUGGGAACCGGUCUCGGAGAGCGGCCCAACCGGCCCAGUGGUGAAGAUUGAGCGACGCCGCUCGGAUCAGUCGCACCUGUGCCUGGCGCUGCCAGGCCUAUCGCUGAACGAUCCCGACCGGUACGCGCUGAGCCUGCUCAACGUGAUCCUGGGCGACGGCAUGAGCAGCCGCCUUUUCAUGGACCUGCGCGAGACCCGCGGCCUGGCAUACGACGUUAGCAGUUCCAUUAACCACUUCCGUGACUGCGGCUCGAUGGUGGUGUACUGCGGGGUGGAGCCGCGCAAGACCAACGACGCCGUCCGUGCCGUGAUGCACCAACUCGACGGCAUGAGAGUAGAGGCCGAGGACCGGGAGCUGAACAAGGCCCGGGAGUACGCAACGGGCCGCCUGCUACUGCGCAUGGAGGACAGCCGGUCCGUUGCGUCGUGGAUGGGAUCGCAGGAACUGCUGCAGGAGCAACUCUGCUCAGUCGAGGAAAUCGUAGGCCGUCUCCGCGAGGUCACUCCCGCGGACAUCUCGGCCCUUGCCACGCGACUGUUCCAGCAGGACCAGCUGCGCCUGGCCCUGGUGGGACCGCAGGGGGGGCAGAAGACACUGACUGGACUGCUUAAGCUGUAG